AGGCGGAGUCUCCACCCUGGAGAUGUUUCCGCCCAGGUUUGGGGAAGUAAGGGCCUCUAGGAACUUGUGACCGGGUUCCCCCCUGUCUCAACCCAGAUUCCUCAAUUCCAGCCCCAUGGCAGCGCUGAAUAGGCUGCUGCUGGUCGCUCUGCUGUGGGUCCCUGCCGGGGCCCUGAGCUGCUAUGGGGACUCGGGGCAGCCUGUGGACUGGUUCGUUGUCUACAAGCUGCCAGCCCACAACCACCCUGGGGAUGCGGUCUGGAGGGGAAUGCGGUACAAAUACUUGGACGAGAAAUCAGGGGGCUGGCGCGACGGCGUGGGGUCCAUUAACAGCUCCACAGGGGCCGUGGGCCGCAGCCUGCUGCCGCUGUAUCGUGGCAACACUAGCCAGCUGGCCUUCCUACUCUACAAUGACCAGCCGCCUGACUCCAGCAUAGUUCAGGACUCUUCCAGCCGCGGGCAUACGAAAGGCGUCCUGCUCCUGGACCAAGAAGGGGGCUUUUGGCUGGUUCACAGCGUGCCACGUUUCCCUCCACCCGCCUCCUCUGGUGCAUACAGCUGGCCUCAUAAUGCUCAAACAUAUGGACAGACCCUCCUCUGUGUGUCUUUUCCCCUUUCCCAGUUCUCAGAGAUUGGCGGGCAACUGACCUACACUUACCCCCAGGUCUAUGACCACAAGCUGGAUAGUGUCAUUGCCCGGAAACUCCCCAUCCUGGAGAAAGUGGUCAAUGGCUCCCAUGUUACCCAAGAACCCUGGAACAGCAGUGUAACACUCGUGACACAGGCAGGGACUGCUUUCCAGAGCUUUGCCAAAUCUGGAAAGUUUGGAGAUGACUUGUAUUCAGGCUGGUUGGCCGCAGCUCUUGGCAGCAACCUGCAGGUCCAGUUCUGGCCAAAUUCUAGAGGCACCCUGCCCUCCAACUGUUCAGGGACCCAACACGUUCUGGAUGUGACCCAAAUAAGCUUCCCUGGACCAAGUGGACCAAGCUUCAGUGCCACAGAGGACCACUCCAAAUGGUGUGUGGCCCCAGAAGGGCCCUGGGCCUGUGUGAGUGACAUGAAUAGGAACCUCCGAGAAAAAUAUCGGGGUGGAGGCACACUGUGUGCCCAGCUGCCUGCCCUCUGGAAGGCCUUCCAGCCCCUGGUGGAAAACUGUGAUCCCUGUAGCUAAUAGAGCAGGGUCAGCAGAACAAAGAACUAAGGCUUGGGAGCCAGUUUGGACUUGAGUUUGAAUCCCAGUUUAGCCCCCUCCUAAUUGUGUGACCUCAAUUAUGUGCCUUAGUCUACAAACCUACAAAAUGGAGAUUGUAACACGUGCCACUCAGGAUUGUUGAAUAAAAGGAAGUCCUUUGGAUGAU